AUGCAAUUUGCAAAGUACAAAGACAACCUUAAGCAAACUUGGAAACUUAUUGGUACUCUUGUUAAAAGGAAAACCAAAGGGCAAACUUUCCCCACGAGAAUCACUCACAACAACAGGACUUUUACACAAGAAAAGGACAUUGCCGAAUUAUUCAGUAACUUCUUUGUAAACAUUGGGCCAACUUUAGCAAGGAAAAUCAAAACUGAUCAUACAGACCCUUUGCAAUAUAUAGAAUCCACGCCAUCAAACAGUUUUUACCUUGCUCCAGUAACCCAAACACAAGUAUUUACAUUAUUUGCUAGGCUAAAAGAAAACAGAGCAUCCCUUAUUGUUCCUAACAAGCUUAUUAAACUUGCAACUGAACACCUCUCUGCACCCUUUACUGAAAUAUAUAAUGAAUCAAUAUUAUCAGGGGAGUUUCCUGAAAUCUUUAAGAUAUCAAAAGUAACCCCAAUAUUUAAAAGUGGUAGUCUAUCCGAGUUAGGAAAUUACAGGCCAAUAGCAGUUAUUUCUCCCUUUAGUAAAGUACUGGAAAGACUAGUAUAUGACCAACUUGUGUCCUAUCUGGAAAAAGAAUGUCUACUAUUUAACUUCCAAUUUGGCUUUCGAAAGGGAUAUUCCACUGAAUAUGCCAUUCUAGAAGCUGUGGAAAAAUUAAAGUCAGCAGUUGAUGAUAGUGUGGGAUCCGAGGGCUCCCCCAUGCAUGGUUCUCAAGCUAUAUAACUAAUCGUAAGCAAUAUGCCAAAGUUGGUAACACAGAAUCUAGUCUGAAAACCAUCACAUGUGGUGUACCCAAAGGCUCCACACUAGGUCCACUGUUGUUUCUAUUGUAUAUUAACGACUUGCCCAAGUCUUCAAAGAAAUUAACUUUUAGGAUUUUUGCAGAUGAUACAAAUAUGUUUUAUUCUUCAAAAGACCCAGAACAAUUACAAUCAGUGAUCAAUGAAGAACCUGGAAAGGUCUUAAAAUUCUUUGCAGCAAAUAUGCUGUCCAUUAACUUUAAGAAGACUAAUUACAUGAUAAUUUCUUCACCUAAGAAGAAAACAAAUAUCAGAAUAACAGCUUGUAAUAUAGAGCAAAAGUCCCAGAUUAAAUGUUUGGGUGUCUUUAUCGAUGAACAUCUAAAAUGGGAUGCUCAGCUCCAGCACAUUAACAACAAAAUAACAAAAAACAUUGGAAUUUUAUUUAAACUUGGGCAUUAUGUGCCUAUGAGUACACUCAAACAACUGUACUAUACUCUCAUAUAUCCGUAUCUAACGUAUGGAUUAAUGAGCUGCAUGGGGUACCGCAUAGCAAACUAAGUUAAAUAAAAUCAAAGUAAUUCAAAAUAACUGUAUUCGCUGCAUCUUCUUUGCAAAUAAAAGAGAAAGUCCCACACCGUACUUUACACUAUUAAAAAUCUUAAAAUUAGAGAAUAUCUUUAAAUUAAAAAUUGGCGCUCUUGUGCAUAAAAUUCAAAAAAAGGAUACACCUCCUGCCCUGUAUGACUUAGUUCAACCGGCUUCAGCUGUCCAUAAUUAUAAUACUAGGUAUGCCACUAAUCAAAACCUGUGUAGACCGUUUUCCAGAACUAAUUAUGGCCUAGCAAGGUUUGGUGUAGUGGCA